AUGAACGCAGGGUUGAAGCUCGGUCUUCUCGCGGUUGGUCUCUGUGGAGGAGGUGUUGGACUGUCACUAGAGGAGCCGUCGUUGUCCACUUGCACUUCUUUCGAAAGCUUGGACUUUCCCGAAACCAGCGCUCUGGACCUCUUGACAGUGGUUUUUGUGCGGAUCCUGAAAAACGCUUCCAGAGGAGUGGCGUUGGCGAGCUCGUCGAUCUGGUACGUCCAGAUCCACGACAUUGUGAAUCUGGACCAGCACUUGACGACUCCGCACUUGCUGAACACCGUGAUGAGAGCACCCGAAGGAGACAUCACCACAUGGGUCACUGGCAAGAACCGGCCGCUGACUGGAAGCUGUGUAGGCGCAGGAAGCGGGUUGCUCAUUGGAGACCACACCAGCACCUUGUGGUCCAUUCCCACAGACACGAUGAACGGGCAGGCAGACGUGGCAACGCGAACAACGUCCAAGAAAUGGCCGUGGUUCAACUCUUUUGAGUUGAACGACUUGUGUUGUUGGUCCGAAGACAGCUCGGUGACAUCGUCGAUCCCCGCCGACAUGUUGAUUCCGUCUUUGUCCAAAGAAUAUUUGAGCACCAGAGGAGCGCUGGAUGCCACAAACAGCAAACAGCUCAAAAACUCCAGGAAAUAA